AUUGCCUUCCUUCUCUCCUGCAGAUUGGAGGUACUUCAUGACACACACUCGGAGGAAGUCCCUUCCCAUGCUGAAUUCGGGCCCCAUUGGCCGCCGGGAGCCCCUGCAAAUGGAAGGCAGCAAUAUGGAGCAGGGGGCGGAGGGUAUGGACCCAGGCAUGCCUGAGAGCCCAGGGCACCUCGCAGGGCGCCGCAAGAAUUACCCACUGCGUAAGCGUCCCUUGGUUCCUGAGAAGCCCAAGGCCUGCAAAGUGCUGCUGACUCGCCUAGAAAAUGUGGCUGAUCCACGGAGUGCAGAUGAGGCUGAUGAGCUGCCCCCUGACCUUCCCAAACCCCCCAGCCCGGAUCCAUCCAGUGAGGACACUGGCCUCACCCAGCCCCGCAAGCGGCGCCUGGCCUCCCUCAAUGCCGAGGCCCUGAAUAACCUGCUGCUGGAGCGGGAGGACACCAGCAGCCUGGCGGGCAGCCGCCGCAGUCGAGGCGGAGACCACCACCACAGUCGGGACCGGGACCGGGACAGGGCCACUGGAGGCUGGUCUUCCUCCAAGAAGCGGCCACGACUGGAGGACCGCGGAGGAGAAGGUCGGGAUCUGUCCCCAGAGCCAGCACCGGAUGAAGGUGCCCGCCGAGAUGGUGACCUAGCUCCCAAGAGACUGGCCAGCCUGAAUGCAGCUGCCUUCCUAAAGCUGAGCCAGGAGCGGGAGCUACCCCUGCGGCCACCUCGUGCCCACACAGAAGCAGACAGGCGCUCCACUGAGCCACCAGCACUGAAGGCUCUGAGGCCAAAGUGGGCCAAAGUCAAUGGCAAGAACUAUCCCAAGGCCCAGCAGGGGGUUGGCUCUGGGGAGGCUGCAAGCCCACCCAGCUGGCAAGGGUGCCCUGAGGAGCCAUGGUUAUCUGCAACCCCUCAUGGACCAUCCAGCCAGCUACCUUACCAGCCCCUGAGCAAGGCUCUGGAGAGCCCCUUAGGGCUGCGCCCCCACUUGCCCCUGCUGAUGGGUGGACAGGCAGCCCUGAAGCCAGAGCCUGGGCGCCCAGGAGAGGAGUCACCUGCCCCCAAGCAGGAACUGCACCAGCCCUCUUUCCGUACACCCCAGCUGUCCCUCCUGCCUAUGCCUGGCAACCCCGCCGACUACAGUGGGCUGUGUGGUCGGCCUGAGCUCACUGCGCUAGGCAGCUUCUACCUGUAUUGCAGCCAAGAUGGGCUGCAGUGUGGGGGCUACUCCCCAUGCCCCAUGCUCCCCGAGGGCAAGCUGUCCCCUGUGGCUGCACCUACCGAGGGGCCCCUUGUGGCCCCGAGCUCAGUGCCUGCAGGCACCCCUUUCCUGCAUCCUCCCUGGGGCUCUCACUACUGUUCCAGUGAGGAUGCUGAAGUGAAUGGCUAUAGCAUCUGUGAAAUGUUGCCCCCUUCUCUUACCCACAUUGGCACUACCUGUGGCGGCUGUUCCUACAAAAUGCCUUUUGCAGCAGAAGGCUGCAGGUCCCUGGGCCAGCUGGAAUUUCCUCUUCCAGAAGCUGGCCACCCAGCCUCACCUGCCCACCCCCUCCUGGGAUGCCCUGUGCCCAGCGUGCCACCUGCAGCAGAGCCCGUCCCUCAUCUUCAGACACCCACCUCAGAGCCUCAGACAGUAGCCCGUGCAUGCCCUCAAAGCGCCAAGCCUCCUAGUGGCUCCAAGUCAGGUUUACGCACAGGCUCCAGCUGUAGGCACACUGUGAGGAGCAAGGCUGCCCGCAGGCCCAGCCACCCCAAGCAACCACGUGUCCAGCGCCCACGCCCACGCCGCCAUCGCCGCCGCCGCACUAACGGCUGGGUACCUGUUGGAGCUGCCUGUGAGAAGGCGGUCUAUGUUUUGGUGAGUACCACCUCUUACCUGCUCCCCUGUCCUGUACUGAUCCUGCACUGUGCACCUCGGGGAGCGGUGGAGCGACAUGGAGAGACCAUUCGCGUCCGGGAUACUGUCCUCCUCAAGUCAGGCCCACGAAAGACGUCUACACCUUACGUGGCCAAGAUCUCUGCCCUCUGGGAGAAUCCUGAAUCAGGAGAGCUGAUGAUGAGCCUCCUGUGGUAUUACAGACCAGAGCACUUACAGGGAGGCCGCAGUCCCAGCAUGCACGAGCCUUUGCAGAAUGAAGUCUUUGCAUCGAGACAUCAGGACCAGAACAGUGUGGCAUGCAUCGAGGAAAAGUGCUAUGUGCUGACCUUUGCAGAGUACUGCAGAUUCUGUGCCAUGGCCAAGCGCAGAGGCGAGGGUCUACCCAGCCGAAAGACAGCACUGGUGCCCCCCUCUGCAGACUACUCCACUCCGCCACACCGCACAGUACCCGAGGACACGGACCCUGAGCUGGUGUUUCUUUGCCGCCACGUCUAUGACUUCCGCCAUGGCCGCAUCCUCAAAAACCCCCAGUAGCCUCCUCCUGCCCAUGGGCAAGUGGGGCUCGGGCGAGGGGGCAUUGCUUGAAGCACAGCACUUGGUUAAGGGGCCACAGGGACCCGAGGUUGCUGGCCUGUGGUUCUCUUGGGGGGAGGGCAAGGGCCCCUGUGGGUUCCGGGUCUUAUGGGAGGGAAGGGAUAUAAGAAAAGCAUCAGAGCCCACAGCUUGGUCCAGCUACCUCUCUGUGGUCCCUGGGCAGAGACUCCUGAAGAAGGCAGUCUUCCCUGAGCCUGGGCCAGGCUUGAGGGGCAUGGGACCCUGGGGGGAGGAGGAAGUCCUUCAGGAACCAGGCCCAACAGGCCAUUCUUUAUCCUCCUCUGGGCCCUUCAAGGGAUAGUGGGAGCCAGCUUUACCUCACCCACUGUGACCUGCUGCUUCCCCAUCAGCCUGGGACCAGCCUCUUUCAGAUUCUAGUACUGCUCCCAGCUCAUUCCUUUGAGGCAUAGAGAGCCAGAGUCUGGCUUCCAGAGCAUUGACUUCCUCUUCCUGGAUUCAGGGCCUUUCCCUGGCUUUCCUCCUUUGCCCCUGCAAUAGCCCCUGGUGCUGGGACAAGUUACCUGGCCCUCAGAGUCAUGGGUGUCAGCUUCCUGUUUGCCACCCAGCAGGUCUGGCUUCCCUGAAGUUAACUGAUCAACAUGGGGUUUUUCAUGUCUGGGAGGGCAAAAGGGAGCUAGGAGGGGGUGGGGGAUAGGGGGCAAGGAAAAUUGCUACCUGAUUUAUUGAAGACUUUUCCUCAUGCCUUACACUUGGAGGUUCUAGGAAACCUCUUGCAGAACUUCACACAUGACUCUUCAAGCUACACCCACCUGAAAUCAAACCUGCCUUUAUUACAAUAUGUUGUCAUGAG